AUGCGCACCCAAACCUUUGCAGCCUUCCUCCUCACCGCGGCUAUGCCCGCCAUAGUCGCAGCUCUGCCUACUAACAUCCCCAACACACAACUAACAAGCGCCCCCGCCAUCGAGGCCCGCAGCACACAUGCCAUUGAGGAAAUUGCCCCGGCGAAAAGGUCCGGGAUUGUUGCGCGCCAGGAGGGCGAACAGCCGGGGUACUCUCUGGAGGAGGCCGACGCCCUAGACUUUGACUUGGACGGCUAUGACCAGAACGGCGCGGACGGCCUGGAGGAUCUAGAAGAGGCCGGUCACCAGUUUGGCGGCGAGGAACCGGACGAGUCCGAGGAGGCUUUCUUGGACGGCACUGACCUUGACGAGCUUGCCAACGUUGACUUUGACGGGUUCCAGGAGCAGAUGCUCCAGCGCAGGGACGAAUACAGCAAUCUGAAGGGGCCCGAUGAGGAUGAGGCGCUUGUAGAGCCACAGGUUAUUGAGGAGGCUGGAAUUCCGUCGCGGUUCAGGAGGCGCCACGAAGGCCACGACGGUACUCCCGAGACUGAUGUCGAGACUGCUGAGAUUGACGAGGCGCACGCCGGACACGACGGCCACGAACCGGAUGAUGAGGAGGCAAUGGCGGACAUGGGUGGGGAUGAUGAUGAGGAUGAGGAUGAAGCCGAGGCGCUGCAAAGACGACAACUCGACAGCAUCGAACGCGACGAAGACGAUGAUGAUGAGGAUGACGCGCUUGCCGAUAUUGAAAUGUCCGCUCAUGCCGGUGAUGACGAAGACGACGAAGACGACGAAGACGACGAAGACGAAGACGAGGCCAGCGGCCUUGAGGCGCAGGCCCCGGUCCAGGAUGGUCCUUAUGACGACGCCGAGUUCGAGGACGAAGGAUUUGGUCUCGAAAGGCGAGACGAUUACGAAAUGGCCGAAGGCACCGAAAGUGCGCAAGGCCCCGAAGUUCGAAUUGCCAAGCGCGAGGUGUAUGAUCAGGAUCGGGAUCAAUGGCGGCAGCGGCUGCGGCCUAUCGAGAGGAGGGUCGCGAGGUCAUUCAGGGCGUGA